GGUUUCAAUGUAUGUAAAAUGCGUCACAUUCUUCCGUAGUCGAAGGUCUUGAUACGGAAUUUGUUGGUGAUUUUCGUGUCCCAAAACAAAACAAAAAAACCCUCCCUCGUCCAGAUACACAUUCCAGUGGCGCGUAUACAACAAAAGCUCAAGCUUACCCGCAGGUUAUCACGCUCCAAACCGGGGUGCAGCUUCCCCAAUCGCGCUGAGCUGAUAACCCCUAGCCAUGCCACCGCCGGUAAGGCACGGUUUCGGCGGAUGACAACCAUGAUAGACGAUUGGCGGUGUCGGACCGACUUGCCGCGGUGCGUAACGAUGCAGUGCAGAAAACAUCUGACAGCAGCGUAAGAAGGCCACAAACAGCGCCAUUCACGCAAACCUUGUUACCCGGGUGGUUUACGGAGCAGCAGCGCGGCGGUGCGGUCGGUUCUGUCCCCUCGGCACCUCUAUUUCGCACGGUGGAUACAGUGUAGGGGUGUGUCAGUGUGUGCGUUUUGGCAAGCGUCAAGAGAGCGCUCAAAAGGGAAGUUAUCUCACGCAACCGAUAUUAAGCAGGAUGGCAAACGCACUGAGAGGAUAUGUCUCGCUCGCACCAAUGUUUGGCGUGCAACGGUUGUCAACAAUUACGCGAGCGCGGGGAUCGCUGCUUGCCCAACUGUCCAGGCAUUGUUCUCCAGCAUCCAGCACUUCCGAUACCGGUUCGCCGUCACUUGUCGCUAGAGUGUGUUACGAUCAGAUCAGGUUCAGCUCGUCGUCGCCAAAAUCUGCCCCAAAGAUGGCUGGAAAUGCAAAACUGCUUCACGAGAACCUAUGGGAUCAGGAUCCGGAGCUGAUGGAUCUGAUACGGAAGGAGAAGAAGCGCCAGACGCGAGGACUUGAGAUGAUUGCCAGUGAAAAUUUCACCUCCCUGUCCGUGUUGCAGUGCCUAAGCUCCUGUUUGCAUAACAAAUACUCGGAAGGUUUGCCCGGUCAAAGAUAUUACGGAGGUAAUGAAUUUAUUGACGAGAUCGAACUGCUCGCCCAGAAGCGUGCCCUGGAAGCGUACCGACUGGACCCGGAGCAGUGGGGCUGCAACGUUCAACCGUAUUCCGGCUCGCCGGCCAACUUUGCCGUGUACACCGCGCUGAUUGAACCGCACGGUCGCAUCAUGGGUCUCGAUCUGCCGGACGGUGGCCAUCUGACGCACGGCUUCAUGACGCAGACGAAGAAAAUUUCCGCCACCUCGAUCUUCUUCGAAAGCAUGCCGUACAAGGUCGAUCCCGUGACCGGGCUGAUCGAUUACGACAAGAUGGAGGAAACGGCACGCCUGUUCAAGCCGAAGGUAAUCAUUGCCGGUAUCUCGUGCUACUCCCGCUGUCUGGAUUACAAACGUUUCCGGGAAAUUGCGAACCAGAACGGUGCGUAUCUGUUCGCCGAUAUGGCACACAUUUCCGGUUUGGUAGCCGCCGGCGUUAUACCGUCACCGUUCGAGUACGCGGACGUCGUCAGCACGACGACGCACAAGACGUUGCGCGGUCCGCGGGCCGGUGUUAUCUUCUUCCGGAAGGGUGUGCGUAGCGUGAAAGCGAACGGGGAGAAGGUGAUGUACGAUCUGGAGUCGCGCGUCAACCAGGCUGUGUUUCCUGGGUUGCAGGGUGGACCCCACAAUCAUGCGAUCGCCGGUAUUGCGACGUGCAUGAUGCAGGCCAAGACGCCCGAAUUCCGUGCGUACCAGGAGCAGGUCAUCAAGAAUGCUCGCGCCCUCUGCGCCGGACUGCUUGCGAAAGGGUACUCGGUGGCGACCGGCGGUACGGAUGUGCAUUUGGUGCUGGUUGAUCUGCGCCCGGUCGGCAUUACGGGUGCGCGGGCCGAAUACAUCCUGGAGGAAAUUUCGAUCGCGUGCAACAAAAACACCGUACCGGGAGACAAGUCCGCACUGAACCCGUCCGGAAUUCGGCUCGGUACGCCGGCACUUACAACGCGCGGACUGCUCGAGCAGGACAUGCAGCAGGUGGUGGACUUUAUCGAUCGUGGUUUGCGCCUGUCGAAGGACAUCGCCACCGUAUCCGGACCGAAGCUGGUUGACUUCAAGCGUGUCAUACACGAGGACGCCACCUUUAGCGCCAAGGUGCAAAGCUUGCGCAAGGAGGUGGAACAGUACAGCGAACAAUUCCCUCUGCCGGGCUAUGAGGAUUUCUAAACAAACAAUAAAGUAGUUUUUAUAAAACUACACACACACACGCAA